AUGAUACAAAAGACAAGAAAGACCACUCCAAUGAGGUCAGUAUCAGGUGGUUCCUCGGGUAUUCCUCCUCCAUCCCCAUCUCUAAGAACAGUCUCUUCAUUUUCCAAUAUACGAAGGUCCUCACACAUGCGAAGCACCUCAGGGUCAUCUGAUGUGAGUAGUAGUAGUCCUCCACCAUCUCUUCCUUCCACAGGGUCUUCAUUAUCUUCCUCUAUAAAGACUUCCUACAUUCAACGCAAUGAUAGUGUAAGAAAAAUUAGUAAUAAUGAAUCUUAUUCUGGGACAAUAACAGUGACAGUAAGAGUUAAACCUGUUCCUCAUCAGAACAAGGAAGUUUGGGAAUACUCUAAUUUUAAGAUAAGAAACGUAGAGACAAUAAAUACUAAUAACGAUGAAUACAAAUUCGAUCAUGUCUUUAGCCCUCAUGUUGAUAAUUUCGAAAUUUAUAAAACCACGGCUAUCCCAUUGAUUGAUAAAUUGUUUACUGGGUUCAAUGCAACUUUGUUUUGUUACGGUAUGACCGGAUCAGGGAAGACUUAUACUAUGAUGGGGGAUAAUGAGAAUCCCGACGGUAUUGUCCCAUUGUCUGUGUCUCUACUGUUUAAUCAGGUUUUGAAUUCCAGAAAUGAUAAGAAAUAUGACGUUAUACUGUCGUAUCUCGAGAUUUACAACGAAAAGAUAUAUGACCUGCUAGAUGACGACCGUACAAAUCAUUUACUCACACCAUCCAGAUUCACUUCUACCCCAAGCAGAUUGAAUAGCAGUGAAUUGAGAAUAAGAGACGACCUGGAGUAUGGCGUGAAAAUAACUGGGUUAAAUGAGGAAAGAUGUGAUACAAGUCAAGAAUUAAUGAAAUGGAUCAAAUAUGGUGAUUCGAAUCGUAAAACAAGUGAAACUGAAUAUAAUCUAAGAAGUUCCAGAUCUCACGCUGUUAUCUUAGUCAGAUUAGUCACUCAUAAUGUUAUCGAUGGCUCGAAGACGUCAAGUACUUUAACACUGUGUGAUUUGGCUGGUUCAGAGAGGGCUGCAGGUCAGCAAGAAAGAAGGAAAGAAGGUGCAUUUAUUAAUAAAUCAUUAUUGGCAUUGGGUACUGUAAUUUCCAAACUGAGUGCAGAAUCCUUAUCAAAUUCAAAACAUGUCUCCAAUCCCAUGGGUCCUCCAGCAUCUCCUAGUCUCAAUAGUAACGGUAACAACCACAUACCUUACCGAGAUUCUAAAUUGACGAGACUAUUACAACCUGCGUUAAGUGGAAAUAGUGCAGUGACUACAAUUUGUACAAUUGAUCCAAGAAUGGAAACCUAUGCAGAGACUAUCAAUACGUUAAGGUUUGCAUCGAGAGCCAAAAACGUCUCGCUACGAUUCAAUAUAAAGAAGAAUUUAUCUACUAUUUCCAAGAGUGAAGUUGAGAAGGAUAAAAUAAUAAAAGAACUAACAUUCAGGUUAGAAAAACAGAAAGAAACAAUUAAUGAUAUGAAAUUGAAAAGCAGCCAUGAUACUAGUAAUAAAUUCUCACUUGAUAACCCAAAUAUAUCCCUAUUGCAAACAGAAAAUAGUAUACUGAAAAAAAAAUUGGAAAAUUACGAAAACAUAAUGAAUAAAGAUAUGAUUGAAUUACAAGAUUCACAAAUGAGUGAAAUCAUUGAUAUGUUACCGAUCGAAAUAGGUGCGUUGUUAGAAAAUAAAUUUCAAGGAAUGGAAUCUCAAAUAAGACAGUUUCAAAAAUAUACCAAUGAAUUAGAAAAUAAAAUAUUGAAUUUAAAAAAGCAAAAUAGAUCAUUACUCAAUAAUAGUACUUAUAGUCUCGACAAAGAUGACGAAAUUUUGGAAUUACAGAAAAUGCUGGAGAGAAAGGAUAAAAUAAUUGAAGCCUUUCAGAGUGUCAGUAAAUUAAGAGAUAGGGCAUUGAAGCCAAUUAGCCAGAGUAAUAUAGCAUCAUUACCACAACCCCCACCAAUAUCCAAAUCAACAUUCCUGUAA